AUGGAAAGAGAAAGAGAAAUGGUCAAGACAGUGUUCUAUACUCCUGAAUACGACAGUGACAUCGAGGAACUUAAGGAAGAAGAGGAUGAUAACGUAACACAUUAUGAGGAUGCCCUGGAUGAAAUCAACGUUGAAAGCAAAAAAUUUGAUCAAACAUACGAGUCUUAACCCUAAUUAUCUUAGGUGUGAUACACAUGCAACUUCUUACCCCAAUUUCAAUUCAUUAUUUACAUAAAAAAGACGAUAAAAAUUUAGAAAAUUAUCAGUAAGAACUUGAAUGCUUAAAAUUGAUUUUUUCUGGGGGAGGGGGGGGGGGGGAAGGGAGGGGGAAUCUACGCCCAGGCUUUUAAACAGCAAAACUACGUAUAUUAUUGUGAGAUAAAGUGAGACUGGUUGAUUCUGUUAUUGUAGUCCACUGCCGCUGACAAGUCCCAUAAGCUAGAAAACAAGUUAUCAUAAGAGGAAAAGCGUCUAUAAAUACAUGGAAAGUAAUUUCGUCACUAAGAGUCUUUCAUAAUGUUUCAGGAGUAAAAUUUCUUCAUCAAGCUACCAGGACCUUCCGGGCGUGCAUGAAAAAAUAUGACGCGCGUAUUUCUAUUGAUUUUUUGCCAUCAUCUAAUCAAUAUUGCGAUGCAUUUGGUUUAUCAUUAAUUGUAAAACGUCCUCUCUACGUGAUGUUGAGUUCAGUAAUCAUUAGCAUUACAGCAUUAAAGAUCUCUAAAAUUAAAGUGUCUCCCAUCAUCAAGUCACACCUUGAAUUUCUCCAGGCCAAAACAUUGCCAUAUACCAGAUGAGGCAUGCUGGUUUUAAAAAUGAUCGGUGUUAAGUCUACACUGUCAUCCUUAAAAGCUUUUGGAGGUUGCUCUGGAAUCAAAAGCUGAGUGUGAGAAUUUCCUCUCCAGCUCAAGAUAUUUUGGUCAGCACCCUGCCUUUAUCCUGAUACAAUUCUUGUGGUUAGCGAAAAAUAAACUUUUUCAUUUCGACCUGUGAUUUGAGUUAUUAGUUGAUCAACUUCUCCGAGCCAGUGUAAGGACGCGCAGAGUUUGGGACAAAUAACCAGGCUAUAGAGGAGAGUGCCAUCAUAUUAUAACCAGAAGGGUUCGGUAGCCGCACGUUAAUUGAGAUCCUAGUCUUUACUUUUAAGUUAUUUUAGUUCUAUAACUUUCACUCCUGCGGUUUUCAUAUGUCAGCGCCGGGCAGAAAUAUGACUGUGUGUAUUAACCACCCGCUUGGGUGGCGGGUGCUAUAGUCAGGAUGCACCAGGAGGAAAGGAUCACAGAACUCUGGGAGAAAGGUUAGCUGUGUAGCCAUGUUAUUCUUUUUGGGGAACACAAAUAAGGAAAUAGCAUUUUGUUAAACGAAAGGAAGGCGAGGAACGAGGGAAUAAAGAGAUAAGGAGCCAUUAGCUUAACUAAAGAACACGUUUGCGUUUUGGAAAAAUGGUUUCCUUUCUAAAUGAUGACAAAUUAUCAAAACCCCACCUGCAAACAAUUUAUACUUCGACCCAGGCGGACAGAAAUUACAAACAUUUAUGCUUGCUGAAGACGAGAAAUUUACAGAGAUCCAAUGAAAUAACACACAGGCGUUAAAAGUCAGCACUUGGGAUUAGUUGUUGAUUGGAGGUGUAUGAAGGGGCGGAAGAUCUUGAAAAAUAGUAUGCGUGCGGGCGUUAUUUUUCUCUGUGCUUCUCUCCUCGAACGUGACUAACACUUCGCGCUCGCCUCUCGUUCGCCUCCGUUCGCCUGAAAAACAUGAAAAAAAUUACGCCUGUUAUGCUGGCUGGGCCUUAAUAUAAGUCUUAUCAAAACAUUAACUUCAGUUACGCUUUCUCAAACGGAACUGCUGCUUGUUGCCAUAUUAAGGCCAUCACUUAAAGACAAUUUUUAUUAAUGAAAUGAAUUUCAUUUCUAAGGCCUUGGUGGGGAGGGUUAAGUUAUGCAGGGGAGGGGGGGAGGGUUGGGAGGUAGCUUGCACAGUCAUACUGUUACACGCUUGUUGUUGGAUGAAGAUUUUUUCAAAGUGGUAGCUCGGAUAUAUAAACUUUAGGUUCUUACUCAUCGUGAACUGGAUAAAUUAUUUGCCUUAAUUGAGAUUGAAAUUUGGGUGAACUCUACUCCGCGAGAGAAACGGGAGUAGGAAUAACUCGUGAGCGGAAAGCCAGUUCUGUCAGCUUAACGCCUCACGGAGGUUGACAUUUGUCUUUAAAUGGAGACAUACUAAGAAAUUAUUUUUUUGAGAGGGCACGGUAACGAAUCCUGCAAUCUGAUUUGUUCUCUACCCGGUCAGUAUUUUCCUAUCUCUCCUCACGGGCCACGGUAACGCUUCCGUGAGUCGCCGAGUACAUCCCAACUUUCGUUGCCAUUUUUCAUAAAUAUAUCUCGUUUUUCCGGCUGGGGAGUAUUUUUAAGCAAACACGUCGGUCCUCUCUCUGAAAUCACUUAAAACGUGAAGUAUUUGGUUACAGUUAAACUGAACGAUGGAACUUUCAUUCAUUUAAUAUCUGAAUUUUCUCAAACAAUUUGUUCGUAGUGAAAGAGCGAGCGACGUUUUAAUUUAAGUUCUACAACAAAUAUACGUUCUCGGUGACUCUUUCCAAGUCCGUUCAAUUUGGACAUUUGUACUGUAAAUUGCAUAACAGAAACUGAAGGAAAAUUAAUGAGAAAAGGCCGCUUGAAUCCCCAUGUGUUUCAUCGGAGGGUGCCAUUCGAAUUUAGUUUUUGUGGAGGAAAGACCAGAUUUACACACGCCAUUGCAGCAAACAAAAGAACAAACUCUCGCAACUUCAAAAUAAAAAAUUUGAAUUUACUCACAAUUACUCUCCUCGCCGUUUACUUGAAAUGAACAGAGGUAAAUCUUCGUACAUGAAUGAAUCGUCGAUGAGAGAGAAUAAUACUUUCCGUUAGAUCAUUGACUGUUUUUGAAGAAAACAUUGUCGUGACAGUCUUUGCCAAACUAGUUCCGUUGUUUUUCAAAGGUUCUUGCGCUUUUUUUUUCUUACGCGCUCCCUAAUUGACAGGUGUCAGAUUGUGACAGAUACUUGUAAAAAAAGAUGUUUCAAAGUUUGUUUGGAAGCCUUUUAAAUCACCUUCAUCGUUACGGAAAUGAAAAUGUUUCGGUGAGGCAUCUCUAUUUAAUUUGUAUCACCUCUAUUUUAACUACCAUUUACUCGCUCAAAAAUUGGUCAGUUUAUGGAAGAUCUUACCGUAUUUACAGCCCUAAAUCAUUCGAGUUCUUUCGGAAAGAAUUUCGUCAAGUUUAAAAAAAAUAAAUAUGUUAUUUACCGGCUAAGGGUCGGUCUGUAUGGUGAAAAAUUGUGACCUCAGGCAGUAUUUUCAAGACCUUGGUCACAGUUUUUCACCAUACGGACCUCCCAGCCGGCAAAUAAAAUAUGUAUUUACGCAGGAGCUUUGAUAUGAUAUUUACUGACCAAUAUAAGCUCGACGGAAUAAAACAUCACCGCAAAUUUUAGAAUUGCCUUAAUCACCCAGAUUUCUGCUUGAGCGAGUGGAAGAUAGGGAGCUUAAAAAAUGUCUGUGCUUCAUUUUCACAGUUUCAUUUCAGCUAGUGCUUAGCUCUAUAGCUGAAUUUAUAUUGUUUUAAGUAAAGAAAUUUAGGAAGGCAAAUAUAUUAGGACUUUAAUUUUGUAUUAAUUCACUGGCUAAGGCUCUCGCUCGUGGGACGUAACCCAAAACACAAGCUCCUUUUCGUUAGCAGCUAUUUAUAACGUGCUGGGAAAUAAAAGAAGCCGGUUCGUUCAACUCCGUUCAUGAUGGAGGUUGACUCUUUUGAGAAAAAAAUCUAAUAAAUGACUAGCAAGUACAGUGAAUUUAAAUUAGAUACCGUUGCCGAAGAGAAGCGCCUCCAAUUAAACAUAUUAGUUAAAAAGCGUCGUUCUCGAUCUUGAAUUGACAGCGUUAGAAAAUUCGGAAGCCCCUGUGAAGAUUUUACCAAUGUUUUUAAUUUAGUUCAGGUUUUCUUAUCAAAAUGCGUAAGUAAGUCCUGCAGUUGCAUUGUUAUGCUCAUUUGAGUAGACUUUGUCCUCGAGUGAACUCCAGAAAUACCGAGUAAGGCACGUAGCAUUGUUUUCAAAGAAUAGUAUAGUGCCUCAAGGGGAAGUGAUUUAGUGGUUUUGAACACUUUUCGAGUCACGAAGUGCUACUUGAGUUCAGUUUGCUUUCAACAAGCCGAACAUGAGUAAAACACAAUUAUCAAGACUUUUGGACGAAGAAGAGUAUGAAACUGUUUCAGAAAAUUUUAUCACGGAUGAUAACGAAGGAGUUUAUUUGAGCAGUAGUGAGCCGAGGCGAAGAAUUGAUUACGUGUUGGUGUUUGAAACUUGUGAAGAAAAUGAAGAAGCAAGUGAACAAUCUGCGGCUGUCGCUCUUAAACUGACGACUCAAAGAACAUAUUUCGAGAACCAGCUCGAAAGACGAGGAUUAAUCCUUCAGCGACAGACACGCGCGAUUCAACAGGUAAGACCGCUUUUUGAUCUGUUUAGUAAAUAGAAAACUAGCCAAGCGUUACCGUUAACGCUGCACGCCUUGCCACUUAUAAAAAGUAAACCAAAAGCCGACUAGCUAGUGCAUUUCUGACUUUCAAUCAGAGCCUCGUUAUUAAUUCAAACAGUGGUAACAAUUAACAGUAAGAAGAAUUGUUUUCUAUUUUUGUGAGGUUUGAUGUUGAUUCUCAAUUAAAUUUUGCUCGUGUUUUAUUAAAAUUUUUUUAUGGAUAUGAAAGUGACUUGGACGAUAAGAGAUGACACAUCGAUUACUAUGCAAAUAUGAGCAAAUUUCAUGACCUAGUAAGUACGCAUCUAGGAAAUAAUUUGGUUUUAAAGGAGAGAAGCGUUUCGCAACAUUUGGUUGUUUGCGCAAAUCUGGAUUAAGAAGGUCAGAGUCCACUUUCCUCGGCUUAACUUUUGUUUCAAAGUUAUUUUUGUGCAAAAAGUUUUGGAAAGGGAAAUUGCAUUUAUUAUGGACUUUCCGUCACAUUUCAAUAAUAAAAAAAAGUUUCCGUUACAUAUUUAAUCUUAUCUUUUUUUUUCUCUUCUAAAAGGAUACUGAGGUUUUAAGGCAUUUUGUCUUGGUUCACGCUCCCUUGGAAGUUCUCGCUGAAAGAGCCGAGUCUGCAAAACUGAAGGUUCCCUUUCUGGUUAACGACACCACUUUUACUUCUUGGAUGGAGUACUUGCUGGGAUCAACUGUAGUUACGGCCAUUAACAGGAGAAACCCUUUUAAGAUUCGUGAUGCAUCUAUUGAGAAAAAUACGGAUUACUUCAUGGGCCAAUUCAAAAGAGAUCAUCUUUCCAAGUAUGUCUUUGAUCGGAAUGUCGGUGAAAAUUCGCUUUUUCCAGUCACUGAUCGCCAACAUCUUCUGCAGCAAAUCCUUCAUAGCACUCCAUUCUCAGAUCAACCGGAUGACGUGGGUCUCUCGAAGCUUCUUUAUGAUGGUGUAUAUCUGGCAUGUUAUCCUUUGCAUGAAGGAACACAUCGAUUAGAAAGUGGCGAGUCUCCAAAAAACAAACGCCAGCAAUUGAAGAGAGACUGGGCAAGAUUUGGCAGAAUUUUCAAAUACCAGCCUUACGACGCCAUCAAAGAAUACUUUGGCCAUGAAAUCGGCUUGUACUUCGCCUGGCUUGGAUUUUACUCUGGCAUGCUGGUUCCACUUGCAAUGAUUUCUUUGAUCGUCUUUCUUUAUGGCAUUAUCUCAACUGGUUCUCAUAUUCCAGUACACGACAUGUGCAACGAAGACAACAGGGGUCGAUGGUACAUGUGCCCAUUGUGCGAUCGACAGUGUAGCUAUUGGAAUUUAGCUCCAGAUACAUGUAUUUACGCCAAAUUAACGCAUUAUUUUGACAAUAAUGGAACUGUGGCUUUGGCUUUCAUCGCAUCCAUAUGGGCGUCACUUUUUCUUGAAUUCUGGAAACGUCGUCAAGCUGUCCUCGCCCAAAAGUGGCACACAUCAGAGUUUGAAGAAGAGGAAGAAGAAUUUCGCCCAGAGUACUUAGCAAGCCUGACUGAGGAAGAGCUUAAUCCUUACAAACCUGACCCGUUAACCGGAAAAAUCGGCCCAAAUGUUUUCAAAAUCAAGAAGUUUCGACGAUUGGGUUUUGUGUGCAACGCCAUUGCCUUCAUGAUCCUUCUUGUGAUUGCAGCAAUGGUAGGUGUGGUUGUGUACCGUGCAGCAGUUUUCGCAGUUUUCAGCAGCAGUUCUGACGAGAAAAUUGAGCAGGGGGCCCGGAUCCUGACAACAGCUACAGCAGGCUUGCUUAACCUGAUAGCAAUCACGAUUUUAAAGUUCGUCUACAACAAACUGGCUGUCUUUCUGACAGACUGGGAGAACCAUCCCACUAAAACAGCUUAUAAAGAUAGCUUCAUCCGCAAGAUGGCCCUGUUCCAAUUUUUCAACAAUUAUACUUCUAUAUUCUACAUCGCUUUCUUCAAGUCAGAAAUGAUUGUUGGGACUCCAGGCAGGUACAGAAGAGUGCUGGGUAAAUAUAGACUGGAUGGGUGUAGCGAGCAAGGAUGCUUUCUGGAGCUGGCCAUUCAGAUUGCUAUCAUUAUGGUUGGACAACAAAUUUUCUACAACAUCACAGAAAUUGGAAUUCCGUGAGUACUUUCAUAUGAUUUGUUUUAUUGAAGGAGAAGUAGUUAAAUGAGCUUUUGGGUCAACAACAACAACAACAAGAAAAAAAAAAAAAAAGAGGUUGUGGUUGAUGUGCCCUAUGGAUUUUGCUGCCAUCACUGACGUUGUUGUGUUUUUUUUCGCUUACUUUUUUGUUUGUUCUCUUGGUCCGGGUGUCAGUCACAUUUUUCGGUUGGAGUUUCAUCUAUCUGAAAGAGAAGACAUAAAUUUGCGGUCUGUUGGUUCUAUAUUUUGCAUCGUGUCUAGUCAAGUUUUUUAAAACGCCAGGAGGAUAUUACACCAACAAAAGUUACUCAUACACUUAAUGAUGUAAUUUGUUAUUCUUUCCAUGGUAUGUAAUAGGCUAAAAGAGAAAAUAUUUACUUAUAGUACAGUUUAGGAGCGCAAGCAGAAGUACAAAUGGUCUCAAUAUUUUGAGGACACCCUUCUGGCGUAUGUACGCCCCAAAGUUCGUGACUUUUUGACCAGUUGAGCAGCGCAAUCAUUAACGGAGAUCCGUUUAUUUCUUCAGGUACAUAAUGUUGUUAUGGAAAAGGCGAGGCCAGGAGAAGGUUGGUGAUCGACCACAGUAUGAACAAGAUUUUGAUUUGAGUCCAUUGGAGCAGCAUUUCAUGUUCUGGGAAUACCUUGAAAUGGGUGAGUCUCGACAAUAUAUCAGAGAAGCGUAUUUAAAAACUUCAUUUUAAUCACUCAUGUCAUUUUUACCUUCAGUUCUGCAGUAUGGCUUUAUAACCAUGUUUGUGGCUGCAUUUCCUCUUGGCCCAUUGUUUGCACUUCUAAAUGUAAUCGUAGAGAUUCGCUUGGAUGCCAUCAACUUUUUGUGCCACUUCCGCCGUCCUGAUGCCGUCCGAGCUGAAGACAUAGGAGCCUGGUACACUGUAUUGGAAACCAUCACUAAGAUUUCCGUGUUGGUGAACGCGUUUGUUUUGGCUUUUACCUCCGAAUUUAUUCCCAAGCUCGUCUACAAGAUGGUCUACUCGGGACAAAAUGGCGAUCCCUCGAGUAAAGGGACACUCAUAGGAUACGUCAAUAACAGUCUCGCAUCCAUUGACUUAAAGACGCUCUUCACAUGGGAAAAUGGCACGCAACCAAUCAAUCCCACACAAAAUCUCAAUUACACGCGGGACUACUGCAGGUAAAUUCGUUAGGGGAGAUGGUCUUUAAAGGACCAACAUGCUUUUCCAAGGCUCAAUCAAUUAAUAUCGAGGUUUAGUCGCGGCACAAUGGAGGUAUUACAAUUCAUGAGAGAUAAUAUUAGAAUGAGGCUACAUAUGUCUCAAGAGAUAUCUCACCCAGUUAUCUACUUUCUUUGUACCCUCUAAGAAGCUCGAGAAGAACAGUAUCCCUACAGUAACAUGAAGCACUGGUCACUUUCCAUCAUCCUCAGCUCUAGGAUGGGGGGGGGGGGGGGUCCUGGGGGCCCGUGACACCCUCGUUAUUAUGCAUAACGCACAAACACUUCGUAAAGGUCGACAUGACGAUCUGGUGAGUACCCUCUGUAUGACUAAUUACGACCCUCCUUGUGAAAAAUCCAGACUACGGCUAUGGUGCUAUUCGUAUUUCAAUCUUUUUUGCUCCUGGGUACAUAAUUGUGGGUGGUUAGGGUUAUAACUUUGUUUGCUUUUUUAUGACAUUGUGUUAAGCCGCCUUGUUUGCAUUUCAUUUAGGUAUAAAGGUUACCAUAACAACUUUUACCCGUACAAGCGCUCCAGUGAGUACUGGAACAUUCUUGCUGCUCGACUCGCUUUCGUGUUUGUUUUCCAGUUAACUGUGUAUUUCAUAACAGCAUUCAUCGCAUGGAUCAUCCCCGACAUACCUGAAGAACUGGAAUACAAGAAGAAGCGAGAGAAAGAGCUGGAAAAAGCAAUUAUCCAUGAUCACGUUAACUCGAACUUCUAAUAUUCUCGUAAUUCGCCUUCGUCGCUUUUUAAAGUAAAGGAUGAGUUAUCAUCACAAGAAAAACAACAAUUACAAUCUUUGUUGCUUAAUAUUUUAGAAAUUAUACGACAAUUUUCAAAUAAAUGAGCCAAAAGACCUAUGAAUGAAUUGUUCAUAGACUGAUUAUUUACAAAUAGAGAGAGUGCAGCCACUUCAAAAAGCGAAUGCUUAAGUUCAGCUAAGUGCCUCGUCGUUGCGGUUAAAAGAAUAUUUGAAAAACGUGAAAUAAAUGUGAUAUCUUAUCUUACAGUUAUCGUUUCACUGCAUUAAAAAGUGAGGACCUAUUGCGUUCUGACCUGAACUAUUAUGCAGUUUACUGAUUUGGGGGAGGGGGGGGGAGGUAUGUUAGUAUUAGUCUGUCCCUUUCAGAAGAAACGUAGGUAGAGAAAAUGUCGUGACUAGAAUCUCACGCCUCACUAAGAACGGUCAAGUUAUAAUGAAUACUCUUCACAUUUAAUUGCGCCGGGAAAAACCGUGUUUUUCUACAAAUCUUAUUUUUGAACUGUGACCUGCUAGACAAAGAAAAACUUCUGCCCCUGGGGUUUUUUGUGAUUAGCAUGACUCAAUCCCGCCAGAGCCUAUAUCGUACGUCCCUAUCAGAUGUUAUGUUUACUUCUUCAUUUGAAGUGUCUUGCCAACUGCAAAAUUCCAAAGAAAAGAAAUCCUGGAACAUCUAAGAUGUGAACUCGGGACAGCAAUGAUCAUCAAAGUUUUAUUCCGUCAGAUAAAUAGACAAGUAAACUUUCAAUGGGAGCCUCGUGGACACAGUCACCAAGGCAACAUUACGCUUUCAGCAAAAAACGCUCGGCUACUAAUAACGAAAGCGUUUCGCAAGUAAUGUCUUGGUUAUGAAAAACGAGUAGGAAUUUUUGUCCAAUAUCACCCAAAUAUCGAAAUUAUCAAAAUAAAUUUGUGGUAAAUUCGAGGAUAAUCAAUUGAAAAACACCGUUUGUGUAUGUACCACUGAUUAAGGAUUUUAAGCUGCUCCAGAAAAUGUCAGCAGGAACUAUCAAUAGCUUUUUGCGAAAAGCUUAAAAUCUCUCAGACAACGUUUUUCAGCUAUAUUGGUGUGCUUUUUAAAAUCUGCGUGAAUAUUCGCAAAAAGGUGUUGUUUGUACAGCUGAAGUGCUAAUUGCAAAUGAGUGUAUAUAUGUUUAUUAGCCAAAGAAUUGAAAAAUCAUCACCAAAACUUGAUGUGAGCGUUCUAGAUCUGGUGGACAUUCCUAGCAAAAAUUUUGGAUUGUUACCGUUUUUCGGGGGCUGUUCUCAUCAAUAUUUAUAUAAUUUACUGGCAUUUUAAUUAUUUCAUGAAAUGUCUGCUACAAAGCGUCUUGUUUGUUCCAGAAGAAUACCAAUUCCUAUCAGAAGAGCCGACUGACGAUUCACGCCUCAUUCUAAGUUUGUGUGGGUUAAGAGGAACUUAAUCUUGACAAUAGAAGCACAUAGUUGCAUAUCAUCAAAGGCUAGGACUUCUUGAUUUAAAGUUUCUGUCUAUGUUAUCGCGGCUACUCAGAAAGCGAAAGGAUCCAAUAAUGGACAGAGGAUCGUAUUCUGAGUUAAGCCAAACCGACGGAUCCAUCCAAGGCGUUGAACUGGAGGUCAGCAUUUCGCCAUUAGCAGAAUCUCCAGCAGAUGAAUCAUCCACAAGCAACCGGGAUCACGAAAGACGUACCGACUAUGUUCUGGUAUACGAGACUUGCAAAGAGAAAGAUGAAAAGGACGAAGAAUCCAAGAAGGAGGCAGAGGCUCUGGCACAAUCACGGAGAUCUUUUGAAAGACGCCUUCAAAAGAAAGGUUUGAUCCUUCAACACGAAACUGUCAUUGCAGAGAAGGUAACUUUCUCUUUACAUUUAUUUAUUUUCUCAGAUACUUGAUUCAAUGUAGUUUGGCAAAGUUCGACCAAAGAUCUUGAAAGCUUUUGUACAACACUUAAGCUUUAAUAAGUAGCUUUUAAAAUCAGAUGGUGAACCCCACAUACUGGACAUAAUUUUUUUUUUAACUAAGGUACUCCUUACUUGAAAUUCUGGAAAAGAGUUUGCAUAAAAAUGGAUUUCUUGAUACUAAUGUUUUCAUUUUCAUCUUUAACGGAUAUUGACUUGUGUCUACUUGUAAUUAAAUGCGCUUUGAGUUGAACUGAGUCGUUCCAAUCAUACAACAAAUACAGUCAAACACGAACUAAAUGGUCCAUCUUCUACUGCGAAAAACUUUGGACUAUCUCUUUCAGUACAUUGUGACCUUACAAAAUGAGAAGAGGGUAAAACUUCUAGCAUGUUACUCCAAGUAAAUAAAACUAUCCCAGAUUUUGUUAUAUUGGUCGAAGUUUUCAUUUGUGUUCUAUAUCAGUAAAAAUAAUCAUGGAUUCGGUAGCAAUGGCGAAACCUACUAAGUCCCUCUCUACUCAACAGACAACUUUACAGUCUGUUCGAUCCGCUUAGUACACUGCACUUUUCCGCGGUCACUCAGAAGAAGGGACUAUUAGACAGUGAAAUGUGUUUAUUGUUGGCCAUCGUAAUCGAAAAUUGCUAAUUUUGUUUAUUCAGCCAAAAUUAUCCCUAGGAACAAAAGAAUUGUUUAAAAGAGUGAUCGUAUAAACAAAACUUGUGGAUAUAUAUUGUAUUCGAAAUACAAGGCGUUGUUUAUUUAUUCAAAUGAGGCUUUUGCCAUGCAAGUUGUGUCGGCUUUACACACUUACACCUUUAUCGACGCGUUUCUGAAUAUCAGAGCUCAACUACGGAAAUUUCUUCACGUGGGAACACAAUAUGGAGUUUGGGAAUCUCGACGACAAAUUUACCAUCCUGAGGAGCUGCAAAAUUGAAUGUUCGCUGAAUGAAAUGUUGGCUAUCAGAGAUCUAAAAGCAAAUAACAACACAAAGGCAGACUCACGAUCUGAGAAAAACUGUUUUGUAAUUACGGCAAUUGAUUCCAAAUGGUCACCUUUUCAUGUCACUUUUCAUAUUUGUCAUCACGAGCGCAUAACUGUAGAUCUAUUUUUAAAACAUGAACUGAAUUUUGCCUUUGGCUCGACAAUGAAAACCUGAAGAUCUCGUGACGUUAUUUUCUAUUGACACCUACGUUUGGAUGAAAAGUAAAAAGGAUCAAAAUGGAUAUUGCAUUCAAAAUUGUGUUACUCGAGAUAAAGUUUUAGCCAGUCCAGAUGCAUAAAUUUAACCUCUAUUUAUCGUGAUAGCGUGCCCGACCCGCUGUCUAGACCUAGACGUUCAAAAACAUUUGCGGAUAGUAUGCAUGCGUGGGUGCAUUAAGUUUUGUUUAUACGGUUCGGCUCAGCACGAAUCCAAUACAAUCGUGCUAUUUUUAAGGCUUAGAGAAGAUGUUUUCUGAUCAGUUUGUAUCUAGACUAUUCCGAGAGAGAGGAAGGAAAGCAAACAAAGGCUUACCUCAGCAGCACCAAAACAACCGUGUAUUAGAGAUCACUUCUCAGACACGCGUGAUAAGCAAAGCGGUCAACUAUCGCGUGGGGGGAGGGAGGAGGGAGUUGGAGAAUUUUGGUCGUGUCAGUAAGAAAUUUACUUGAACCCAGAAAUAUUCUCAUGACCCCCCCCCCCCCCCUUAUUGGCAGCUAAUUGGCAGUCAAUUUUCUGUAGUCCUUCCUUAGUGUUCUAUUAGCGGCGAUUGAUCCCCCCUCCACUCCCCCCUGAAAACCACGUGUUCCCUUCAAAAUUCUCCUCCCUCCCUUACCCCCGAGGCAACAAAACAUGAAACACACCGCUUUCAUUUUUCAAUUAAUAUGUAGAUGUUGAUACGCUCUCUCACAAAAGUUUCAUUUAGUUGGCUAUCUUCUUAAUUCCGAUGUGGAAUCCAUUUGAUGACCUCUUCAAUUUCAAUUUAGGAACCUGAAGUACAACGCCAUUUUGUCUUGAUCCACGCCCCUUGGGAACUAUUAGCCAGCCGUGCCGAAGAUAUGAAAUUGAAGGUACCUCUCCAGCCCAGUGAUGUGGAGUUUACCUCAUGGCCUCAAUCUUUCUGUGGACGUGAUCGAUUAGAGAAAAUGGCCAGCUGGAAUCCCUUGAUCAUUCAUGAUGCCACAGUUAGAGAAAAAGCUGAUAAUUUUAUGGGUCGUUUCGAUAAAGAGCAUCUGACAACGUACAUGAAUCAUGAAGACAAGGAAAUGUUCUUUCCCACCGUGGAUAGAAUGCACAUUGUCUAUCAGAUACUGAAGAACACCCGAUUUGCACAAGAUCCACACUGCCUUGGACUGAAGAGGCUUGUCUUGGAUGGAGCCUACAUCGCACACUAUCCAUUGCACGAAGGUACAGAAAAACUAGGCGAUGGAGAUUUUCCAGUCAAUAAUCGUCAACGCUUGAAGAGAGAUUGGGCUCGACUGGGCCGAUGUUUCAAGUACCAACCCUACGAUGCCAUUAAGGAUUACUUUGGUCACGAAAUUGGCCUGUACUUCGCCUGGCUUGGAUUUUACUCUGCGAUGCUGAUUCCACUCGCAAUCGUUGCCUUGAUCGUGUUCUUGUACGGCAUAAUAACAACAGGCUCCCACGCCCCUGUACAAGAUAUAUGUGAUGAAAAGAACGACGGUGUUUGGUACAUGUGUCCAUUGUGCGAUCGGCAGUGCAGUUACUGGAAUUUGGCUCCAACGACUUGUCUUUAUGCUUACGUCACGAAUGUCUUUGAUAACGAUGCUACAGUUAUUUUGGCGCUUGCUGCAUCCAUUUGGGCCACGCUCUUUCUUGAGUUCUGGAAACGUCGGGAGGCUUCUUUGGCAUCCGAAUGGCACACCUCAGACUUCGAAGAAGAGGAGGAACCACUUCGUCCAGAGUAUGUUAAGAGCCUGACGGAAGAAGAAAGGAAUCCUUUCAAGCCAGAUCCAGAGACUGGGAAGAUUGUGUAUAGAGCUUCUAAGAUGAAGCAGUAUCGUCGCUAUGCCACAGUUUUCAGCGUGGUUGCUUUCAUGAUAUGUUUGGUGAUAGCUGCAAUCAUCGGUGUAGUGGUGUUCCGAGCAGCAACCUUCGCCAUUCUCAGCAGCAACCCAGACCGUGUUAUCCAGAAGCGUGCUCGUAUACUGACAACUGGUUUUGCUGCCUGCAUCAAUCUUGUGGCUAUCACGGCACUGAAGUACGCAUACAACAAGCUGGCCGUUUGGUUAACCAACUGGGAGAAUCCUGCAACUCGUAGUGCUUAUGAAGACAGUUUCACGUGGAAGAUGGCCUUGUUUCAGUUUGUCAACACCUUUGCCUCAAUUAUCUACAUUGCAUUCUUCAAGUCACAGUCAAUUGUGGGAUCUCCGGGAAGAUACAGACGAAUUUUAGGCAAGUACCGACAAGACGGAUGUAGUGAACAAGGUUGCUUCUUGGAGCUCUGCAUCCAGAUCGCGAUAAUUAUGGUUGGACAACAGAUUAUUGGCAACGUUAUUGAAGUUGGCAUACCGUAAGUGGGCAAACUUGUCUGGCUAAUUUGUCAAAUUGACAUAUCUAUAAAAAACUAACGUUUUUCAAUCAUUACUUUAUAAUCUAGAUCGUUUCAGUUGUGGUUGAAACGGAGGAAGGCAGGAGAUUCUGGUGACCGUCCGCAAUACGUUAAGGACCAUGAACUGAGCGAAUUGGAGGAUCACUACCUGUUCUGGGACUACCUGGAAAUAGGUACUCUAAAUCUAUUCAGCAUCUUUACAAAAUAACUUUAUUAUGUAUUUUUGCCUUCUACAAAACAAUAACUUUUUUUAUCAUGUCUUCUAGUCCUCCAGUACGGCUUUGUGACUAUGUUUGUGGCAGCCUUUCCACUCGCACCAAUCUUCGCUCUUAUUAACGCGGUUUUGGAAAUCCGAGUGGAUGCCAUCAACUUCGUGUGCUAUCACCGACGGCCCAGAGCCGUUCGAGUUGAAGACAUAGGGGCGUGGCACGGUGUUCUCGCGGCAGUGACCAAGAUUGCGGUGCUAAUGAACGCUUUCAUUUUGGCAUUCACCUCGGAAUUCAUCCCUAAGCUUGUAUACAAGUAUAUGUUUGCACCGGACCGAAACUCUCCUGGAGGAGGAACUUUAAAGGGAUACAUCAACAACAGUCUCGCUUAUAUUGAUCUCAAAACACUUUAUGCGUGGGAGCCUGGAACAGAACCUAUGGACCCAACUGCGAACGUGAACUACACAAGAGAGUACUGCAGGUAAUUUGUGAGUCAAAUGCAAACGCGAGAAUCUGUCAUGACACUUACAUAAAAGUAUUACAGAAAGAAAAGGUUUUCAUAGAAAUUUUGCUAUUUCUAAAAACCAAGUAGAUGCUACAAAUGUCGUUUCUCUUUAGGAUACUUUUUUGUCAAGCAAGUCUCAGUAAGCACGCAAUUAUUUAUUAAAUUCAACUUUAAUGUUAAGCAAAAUGGAAAAAUUUAUACAAGACACACUAAGUCAAAAAAUUAUCGUUUUGUAGUUUGAUAUCUGUAAUUCUUUUAUCGUAAAGGACAAAACAAGGAUGAUCAAUGUGUCAAUCGAGAAAAGAAUAUUAUUAAAAUGCAAUUGUAAAGGAAUGAAGCACCUUUAAAAAGUGAUUUCAGUAUUCUUCUUUCCUUUUUAUCCCUUAGGUAUUCUGGCUACUUUGACAGCACAUAUCCAUAUAAUCGCUCUAAAGAAUACUGGAAUGUGGUUGCUGCCAGACUCGCUUUUGUGGUGGUCUUCCAAUUUCUUGUGUACUCCAUAACCAGCUUGAUAGCCUGGGCUGUCCCGGAUGUCCCUGAGAACCUGAAGUUCAAACAAGAAAGAGAAAGACAAGUGGUGAAAGAGAAGUUAGGAGUUCCUAGUGACGACGAUGAUAGUGGCGAGGAUGGGGAGAAUGACGCAGACAAAACGACCGAUGACGUAGCCCUUGUUUCUGCCAUCUAACUAAAACAGUUUAUAAAAACAACAAUUCAUAUCUGAACUUGUUUUAAAACAUAAAUUUAGCUCCGGGAGAAAAGUAUUUCUACAUAUAUUUAGCUAUAGAUUUAUAUGCAAUUAUCAAACUAGUAUUAAGAAGCUAUUAACCGUAGACAAAGAAUCUCUAGUGUAUAAGCUGGAUCAGGCUUUGGCAGGACUUUCACAAAACGUCCUUCAAGUUAUGGACUCUCGCAUGAAAUUAUUAAGGGUGAUUAAACUAGGUGGCUUGGUAUAAAGUCAUGUUUCAAAUUAAUUAGUUUGCGUCCUUGAAAAAGUAAAUGAUCGUCAUGCUCUCGUUGUGGAAGUAACACGUAUUGAAAGCCAUCGUAAUCUAGCAUACUUGGUCUAGAUGAUAUAGAUUUGUUCUAUUAGAAAAAAUCAAUAUUACAUAUAUCACUUUGUAAAAGGACUCUAUAGGAUAAUUUCGUCGACUAUGUCAUGUCUUUGUGAAGAAUCAGCCUUUGAUAUCAAUACAAGAAUUGUAUCAAAAUGGAUGAAUGUGAACCAUGAUUAUUCCUUCGUGUGUCAGAAUUUCAAGCCGAAUCUGCGUAAUCAGAGGAAAAAAAUCGACGCUGUAAAAGCGUUGGGAGCUCCAGGCUGCGAAAGAGGCAAGGAAAAGAGGGCUUAUCGGCAGUCU